AGCAGUUCACCACUUCUUCAGCGACCGCGGCAAGACGCAGCCACGGUCGCAUCAAUAUACGCUCAGUCAUGUCAUGUCCGCGGCGCAGGGUGACGACCUGAAUCAACCAAAGGCCGGCGAUCCCAGAUCCGCCCCGUUCUCACCACACCCGGCACCGACCUCGUUGGCGGCCCUGCGACCUCGUUGGCGGGCGGGUGCGAGCUUCGCUGCGUGGAGAAUGGCUGAAUGACCGUGUUGGGGAAGAUUGGCGUCGGCAUCUGGGCGGAAGGACCUCUCCGUGGGGCUCCGUCGUCCCAGGUGGCCGGGCUGGGCCAGGUGCGACCGGAGCCUGGAACGAACCGAGGAUUCGGGGGACGUGUUUCUCACUGGUUCUUCGUUUUGGACCGUACAUUGGUCUUGCUGGUCAUCAUCUCAUCAGAAGGCAGGUGGUUAGCACAACUUCUCCUGCAAACUGUUUGGUCAAAAGCCAAUUCUGUGGGCCAAAGUGCCCUGCAGAAGGAGAUCCGCAAGGGCCACAUGAAUGCCAGCUCACCGAGAUUGAACCUGCCCAGUCACGGACUCUCCAAGCCUUGCCUGAAAUUCAUCCACAUCCCCAAGAACGCUGGCACAUCCAUUGAACACCUGGGGAAGAAGCUGAACCUUCACUGGGGCGAAUUUGACGACUCCUUGCGCUGUCGCAACGCUUCAAGAUGUCAUCAAACCCUACCGAUUUACAGAGACUGUUGCUGGCCCAGAAAGACGACCGCUUGCAGUCUGUGGCACUACCCACCCAGUGCGGACGCGCACCUCGCGGCCGUCUACGCCCAAUGCUCCACCUUUGGUGUCGUGCGAGAUCCCCUGCGACGCUUCGUCAGCCAGUACUUCUGGAUCACCAAGGCUCACCACGAGCCAGGACCGCUGUGUGAUCGGGAGAAGUUCGAAGCAUAUGCCAAUCGGACGCUGCAACGGCUUUUGGAAGAUCCUUGGAUCGAAGAUUGCCACUUGGUGCCGCAAGUGCACUACGUGGCUUCCCAUUCUGGUCAGCGCUUGUGUGAUCACAUCCUCCACUACGAAAAGCUCCGAUCGGAACUGAGCCUGCUCCUGAAGUCCUAUAAUCUCUUUGACGCGAAGAUCAGCCUUCCAGUGUCGAACCGAGGAGGCGCGGCGUGUCCGGUGGAGGCGCUCAGGAUGUCGGCCGCGCUGCAGCAGCGCAUCCGGGAUUUCUUUCACCUGGACUAUGAGUUGGGGCUGGGCGCCUAGCCCAGCCGGCCCCGCCCGUGCACUGGACUGAACUCGACCAUGUCGUGGCAGUGGCAGCUGGUGACGCCACCGUGGACACGGUGUACCACCCACAGAGGUCUCCAGUGACCUGAACCAAGGACCCUAGGCCGAAUGACCUGGGGUACCGGGUUCUUCCACCUCCGGUUGCGACAUGUCGCGAUAUAUGUCGCGCCAUCGAGUCCGGCAGAGUCGGAGCCUCCGUCGGGGUGCAAAAGUCCAGAUCCGAGGGAGGAGAGACGGGGGAAGAGUUGAAGGCGAGACUGGAUGGGGAGAAGAAGGUCAGAAUCACAGCAUCGAUCAGCCUUCCAAGACCGUUCAAAGAAAGGUGGACCUGCAGUAGUC